AUUGUUAUUAUUAUUAUUAUUAUUAAAAUAAUCAUCCUGCCUCAGAAGAAAGGAAGGUUUUUGGCAACUCUGGUUAAAAAAAAAAAAAAAAAGAAAGACAACUUUUCAUCAAUGGCCUCUUUUGGAUAUUUCCUGUUUCUUUGUGGGUUGAGUCAGGCUCUGUCAAGUUACCCAAUCUGGUGGUCCUUGGCAAUUGGUCACCAGUAUUCCUCCCUGGGGACUCAGCCCAUCCUCUGCGGGAGCAUCCCGGGCCUGGUGCCCAAGCAGCUGCGCUUCUGUCGGAACUACUUGGAGAUCAUGCCCAGCGUGGCAGAAGGUGUAAAGAUUGGGAUCCAGGAAUGCCAACACCAGUUUCGAGGGAGGAGGUGGAACUGCACGACUGUCAAUGACAGCUUAGCCAUCUUUGGGCCCGUGCUGGAUAAAGCCACCAGGGAGUCAGCCUUUGUCCACGCCAUCGCCUCUGCCGGGGUGGCUUUCGCCGUGACCCGAUCCUGCGCCGAGGGCUUGGCCAACAAGUGCGGGUGUGACACGCGCCACAAGGGCUCUCCUGGGGAGGGCUGGAAGUGGGGGGGCUGCAGCGAGGACGUGGAGUUCGGGACCACGGUGUCCCGGGAGUUCGCGGAUGCCCGGGAGAACAGGCCCGACGCUCGCUCGGCCAUGAACAGGCACAACAACGAAGCUGGAAGGACCUCUAUCAUUGAGCUCAUGCACCUCAAGUGCAAGUGCCACGGGCUCUCGGGCAGCUGCGAAGUGAAGACCUGCUGGUGGUCCCAGCCAGACUUCAGGGUCAUCGGCGACUACCUCAAGGACAAGUACGACAGCGCCUCAGAAAUGGUGGUGGAGAAACACCGGGAAUCCCGCGGCUGGGUCGAGACCCUCCGGCCCAAAUACAAAUUCUUCAAGGCCCCAACUGAGAAGGACCUGGUUUACUACGAGAACUCACCGAACUUUUGUGAGCCCAACCCUGAGACAGGCUCCUUUGGGACCCGCGACAGGAUCUGCAACGUCACCUCCCACGGGAUUGACGGUUGCGACCUUUUGUGCUGCGGCCGCGGGCACAACACGAGGACUGAGAAACGGAAAGAGAAAUGUCACUGUAUCUUCCACUGGUGCUGCUACGUCCGCUGCCAGGAGUGCACACGAGUCUACGACGUCCACACGUGCAAAUAAAGCAGGCAAAACCCUUCGCCGGGCUCCGAGUGGAGAAAUGGAUUUUGAGCCUACUUCCUCUGAGGUUGCAGACAUGAGAGAAGUCUACUUUUUUGUUAUUAAAAGAAUAAAAACUGGACAAAAAAAAAAAUAAUUAAAAUUUAAAAGGCUAAAACUGGUUGGAUAGAAUAGGUCUAAUGACUUCUGGGCUAUCCCGAGGUACAUCUGGCAGUCACACAAGUUCUGCCCCAACGCCGAUGCCUCCGGCAGGAGAACAGCUUUUUCCACCAGCCCUCAACACCGAGCUGGAAAAAAGAGCAUUAGCAAAAGCAUGGAUUUGCUUUGCUCUCACCCACCUGAAGUGACUCGUGUGAUUAAGUGUCCUUUGAAAGACUUGCAUCUUCCUAAGCAUCUCCUUUUCCCUCAGCCAGGCAGAGGCUCUGUUGAACAGCAGCACUGAGCUUUCAGAGAUCUCUUUGCAAACCCAAAUGGCCAGACUGUGUAAUAUGAGCAACAGCAGCAAGAGAAAUAAAAGCAGAUAAAUUAAGGAUUUUUUAAACAAAGAACAUGAAUACUUCUUUUGCCUUGGAACCAGGGAAGUCUACAAAUAUCUUAGAGAGCUGGAGAGUGGGCAAGCUCUUGAUGUGAACUUUUUAGCAUAGUAGCUUCUGCCAGAUUCGACAUAGGAUUCUAUGACAACUUUAGAAAGGGAAGGAGGGAGAAGAGGAGGGAGAGAAAGAGAAGAAACUGCUGAUGACUUCCUGUAAAUGCCCUCUUGGCACAUAGGUGAUGUGCACGAAAAGUUCAGUGUCUUGUGUGUGAAGUGAAGAGGGCUCAGUGUGUGCUUUGAGAAGGACACAGUCCCACAACUGGGAAUCCUGCUCCAGCUCUCCAGCCUGGGACAUGGCUCAGCCAAUGAGUUUUCCUUGGAAAUACGUGGUGCAGUGAGUCCCCUGGGGCUGGACACUCACUCCUGAGCUCAGGACAUCCAUCUCCUCAGCACCCCAGGGAAAGGAUGGAAAGGGAAAGCGUUCACCCUUCCCACAUCGUUGGGGAGUUUCGUUGCCAGCAGUGGAAAGUGCACUUAGUUCAUCCACUCUCUGCACCUGAUGCAGGCUUCAUGGGCACUUGGCAACAUCCCAAGCCCACAGGUCUGGUGUGAACAUGGAUCUGAAGGACUCAUUGUCACCCAUUAAAUUACGUGAGGGUGAACCAACCCACCGUCACCACCACACCCCGCAAGCUGGAGCAGCCUCAGACUCAAGCCAAACCUUGUUCCACACCCAAUUCCUACAGCCAUUCCCACCUAUAAAAGUGGCACAGAUUAAAAUGGACAAACCCCAGAUUCUGAACCAGCCCAGAGUUUGGGUGAGUUUGGACACAGAGCUAAAUCCCAGCUUUGCAGCGCUGGCCCAUCUCUGCUGCUCACACCUGACUCCCCAUCUUUGCAUGUUGCUCUGCUUCCAGUUCCAGAUCAGGAUCGCAGUUUACAGAAACAGGUCUCACCUCCUCCAUGGUCAUCAGGGCUUCCUUCAGGGUAUCAGGCAUGAGCUCAGCCCAUCACCUUGGCAUUUACAGCACUGUAACCCUGCUUGGCUUGUUCCUGGUCAAUACUGGGAUAAAUGAGGCGUGACCCAAGCAUGGAGUCACAGCCUGUUUUAGCCCCAGAUGCACUUGCCCUGUGUCCUCUUUGCCUUUCCCCUGCUUUUGGGCUCAUAGCCUGGAAAAAGGACAAUAGAUCAGUGCUGUCUCUUCAGUCCAGGAAGAGAAACAGGGCAUGAGUUAAUUCCUUUUUCAUGGCAAUGUAAUCAUGGCUGUUGGCUGGUUCACUACUGGAAAUCUUUGUAGAGAAACCAGAGUGCUCCUCUCUGCGUGUCAGCCUUUUCCCAGGAACCAAAGGAGGGAGUACACAGAAGAGGAAGAAGGGAACAAGCAGAGCUUAAUCCCAUCAGAGAGAAAACAGGAGGAAAUGAUGCCUCCGAGGACUGACUCUGAGUCACGGUGUCUCCUGGGACUAUUCCUAGGCUGGUGCAGUUUAUGCAUCACCCAUUUGUCUCAGGGCUGUGCCCAAGGGCACAAGCAAGAUUUGCUUAUUGAUGGAGGCACUUCUAUCAGUGCUUUGCAAAAAAAAAAAUAAAAAAAAAUAAAAAAUAAAUGCAGUGAAAUGAAAACAGAAGAGAGAGAAGGAGAAAGAAGAUCAAGAGAAGCCAAGAAAAAUAUGGGGAGAAAAUCCCCAUACCUGUGAUAUCUGUCCAUACACUGCACCCCACUGAUGGCCACACACCAAGUGGAGAAGGCAAUAGAUCACUGAUAACUUUAAUAAAGGUCAAUUAAUGGAUGCAUGACUGAUUUUCAUAGUGCAGUCUUGGAGAAAAGGAAAACUUAAUCAUGGGAAGUAGAGAAGGAAGCCACUGCAGUGGGAGGUUGCACCUGUAACCAACAUCAAGAAAGCAAAUGCUCCAGGAAGCCAGGUGUGGGGUGGAAGACAUUGAUGAAUUGGAGAGGAUGGGAUAAGGGAAGAUACAUCUGAUUUAUUUAAUAUGAGGCAGUGCAAGCAGCCACAGUGAGAGAUGUCAAACACGUCCUACCAGGAACUUUGUCAAUAAAUGGUGACCCAACAGUGAAAAUUCAAAUCAUUGCAGGCCAUGAUCCCUUCAAUCCAUUGACUUCAGCGGGGACACAUCCACAACUGGUUUUACCCUAAGAUUUUUAGUCCAAGUGGUUUCAAACUCCUUCUUCUUUAGUACCACACCAGUGAAGAAAUGGGUUAAAGGAUUUGGCUUCCACACAUGGGAGCUGGAAUCUGACCCCAGCCCAUCCACAGCAUGUUCACAUCCACCAUUUCUGCUUUUGCACCAGAACAAGCCCAGCUUCACCACCAGACCAAGCUUUUUGGGAAGCAGGGGGAAAAAAUAUUGAAACUAGGAAUUUGCUGAGUAAUUGCUUCUAGAGGUGAACAAAUUUUGACUGGAACAGUGGGAUUUAUUUCAUCUGGUCUAAUCUGUUCAUCUAAUUUUCUGCUGGGAUCGAUGGCAAGAAACAAAUCCAGGAGGUGAUUCAUUGUACUUAGGAUGGUACCUAAGUUAUGUUUGGUUAAAUUCCCUCUGGGUGUGUCUCUGACUUCAGCUGCUGAGCUCAGAGUAGAUGAUGAGCUCUUCCAUAGGUCCAGACUGAUGAUGUGAAGUCCACCAUAAGUCAAGGAGGUGAAGCUACAAGCUGAUCAUCACCUGAGAUGGAUGGGCUGGAAGUUGUGCUCCUUCCCUCCAAGCUGGGGUCAGGCUUGAACCAGCUCAGUGGUUGGGGACUCCCCCCUCCCCACAUUCAGGGGUUUUUUAACGAAGCCUAUGGGUACUUGUUUGGGUUUGUCAUGUAAUUAAUCAUCUCUGUGAUGAUACCAUGUAAGGGGCUGAGCAGCUGCUACUAAAGUCACUGAAAAACACCUGCGUGAAUUCUGUUCCUCACCCCAAGCACCCCCAGGGGUUCCAGUCCUGACUCUGCCCAUCCCUGAGGGGGGAAAAGAGCCUGUGAGGGGUCUGGGAGCUGGGCCUGUGUCUGACCCCAUGGUUUUGGAGAGGGGACUUGGGCCAUUGCUCACUGCUACACGUGAAUUCAGGAGGUGUUUUUGGAAAACUGAGAUCCCUCUCCACUGCCUACACCGGGUGUCUCAAAUCGGGGUUUCCACUGCACUGGUGAGAAAAAUGUAGUCAAUGAUGAGUGAGGUGCCAUCCUGCCCUAGAGGAGAUGGUGUAACUACCACCCAGAGCUGCCUUCCGCUUCAGGUUCUCCUGUGAAAACAGUAGGACCUCACUUAUGGAAGGGUCUUGGUUCAAUAAUAGAAUUCCUCAAUAAUAGAAACAUCUGGUGGCACAUUAUAGGUGCCCUACAAUGUUCUGUUGGGGUCCAGAUGUUGUUUCAAUGGCUCAAGACCCACAGAAA